CUCCAUAAUCUAAUCAGACAGAGCACCUCCAAGAUUAAUAUCAAAAUGGCAUAUCACAGCAACAAUCGCCAGAGGAGAAACCAUCACCAUCGUCAGGUGUACGAGCGGAGCCCAGCCAGCGAUUACCAGGACUACGAGUACGAGGGCGUAGGAGAGGCAGAGGCGAGAAGGAGCCAUUAUAGUCCUCGUUCUCAUCAGGUGGGAUUGAAGAGCAACAAGGAGGAGGGCGUUGCAGAAGUAGAAGCGUCGAGUUUGGCAGAGACAGAGAGGGCUCUUGAUCGUUUGAGGCACAGAGCUCAUAAUAGUAACGAGGACGUGGACCAAGAGGCCGAGACCUUCAUUCAGCUAGAGCACAGGAGGAUCUGCUUAACCAAGCUAAUGUCCAUGAGGCCCUUCUGAUCCUCACUCGUGGGAUUCAUCCUGCCGCGACUGUAUAAAUAAGCUCUCAGUUCCCUAAUUCCCCAUAAAAUAAUGCAGCAAACCCUCACUUUACUGUUAUCCGGAGAAUUUCCAUUGCUACGGGUCGUCAUCUGUUGUAGUGUGUUUUGCCGAUACCUCUUGUGUGACUAUUGUAAAAUGGCUUCUACUUGUACCUUUCUUACCGCAGAGGAUUGCAGCUUCAUAAUAGAAAUUAUUUAAGCCA